AUGGCUGAAAAAGCGGUGUCUACAUAUUCACACCUUCUGGUGCCUAUUCUUCUCCUGAUCGGCUGGAUUGUGGGCUGUGUCAUUAUGGUUUAUGUUGUCUUCUCUUAAAAAGGCAAGAAGACAUCAGAUUGACAUCAUUUAGAAGAAUUCAGAAAGACAUGAACAUGACUGAUUAUUAAAUGUGUUUCAUUAAAUAACUGCAAUGUUUGACAUCACUUUAUAAACUUGGACCAUAAGUUAGCAGUUUGGUGUGCGUAGUAAUUUUUUCAGGA